AAAAAAAAAAAAGCUUCUGGAGCUCUGAUAACAGAGUGAACUCAACGACAUCUCCACCAACAGUCACCAAAGAAAAAAACCUUUCUCUCGGAGCUCGAGAGUUUUAAUUCAUUUCUUAAGUUUUUUCAAACUGAGCCUCUCCGAUUCCUACUCAGUAAUGACGAGUUUGACUCUGAGUCCACUGUUCCGAGUUCCAAUUUUCAUUAUAUCUCCGCCGUUGGAUCCUCCUCCGUUUACGGCCGCAAAUUGUUUCAGCUCCUAGUAGUGUUGUUGUUGCUUUUUUUAAACUCAAAAAGUUUGUUCAUGCUCAUUUGGUUCUUCACAGUUUGAUCUCGCCGUUGAUUCCCAUCGAAUCUCACAGAUCUGAAACGCUUAAUCAACGGCGUCGGUGAUGAUGUCGGUGCUCGCUGUUUCCAUCACUACCGGAGGAUUCGACAAACCUCGACGGUUGUUGCUGAAAUGGAUUCUUUUUAUAUUUUAUGUGAUAUCCAUCGUCUAUGCUGAUGUACCCAGGAGUCUAUUGGAAGCCCCUUCAGUAUAUCCAACUAGACCACCUUUGGCUGCACCUGCUAUUCCCGAUCUGCCUCUGCCAGCUGACCUUCCUCCGUCCCAUAAACCUCAACAUAAGCAUUUUUCUCCACGUGGUGCACCCACAAUUGCUUUAUCACCAGCCCAUACUCCUAUUUAUGGCCCACUGGUAACUUCUACUCACCCCCCUACAAGUUCACAUCUGUCAAAACCAUUAAUGAAGAGGAAUAGUUUAGCACCGCCUAUUGCUGGUUUUGAGAAUAUUUCCCCAACAGAGGCUGGUGCUGGUGUUGUUCCUUCUGGUUUGCCUCAGCCACCAUUAUCUCCUUAUGCAUCCAACUGUUGCAAACCAGACAUGGUAUUGAAGCGAGGGACUCGGGGCUGCCACUGUGUGUAUCCGAUACAGCUAGACCUUCUCCUUUUAAAUGUCUCCCAAAAUCCUAGUUGGAAUGUGUUUCUAAAUGAACUAGCUUUGCAACUUGGAUUGGAAGUUUCUCAAAUAGAGCUGAUCAGCUUUAAUGUAGUCAGCUUAUCAAGGUUGAAUAUUUCAAUGGAUAUAGUUCCACUCAAGGGAAUCAGUUUCUCUGCAAGUGAGGCAUAUGCAAUAAACUCUUCGCUUGUCAUGCAUAAGGUUCAUGUAGACCCUACAUUAGUGGGUGAUUAUAAACUUCUCAAUUUGACCUGGUUUCAGCCUCCACCGCCUGCUCCAGCUCCUCUAGUCGCUAUGUCACCUGUGGAAGCCCCACAUAAGUUACCAACUGCUAAACCACUCAAUACUUCAAACGGAGGGAGGCAUUCAAAUUUGAUCAUUAUUAUUGUUAUUGGCACUGGUGUACUGUUCAUAGCCAUUAUAUCUGUGCUUGUACUUUGUUUAUGCACAAACCGCUCAGGGAAGACUAAAGCAUCUCCUGUAGAAACUGAAAAGCCAAGGACGGUGAAUACAGCUCCUACAGUAGGAUCUCUUCCCCACCCAACCAGCACUCGAUUUAUAGCUUAUGAAGAACUCAAGGAAGCUACAAACAACUUUGAAUCUGCAAGCAUACUUGGAGAAGGUGGGUUUGGUAGAGUUUUCAAGGGUGUCUUAAGUGAUGGUACAGCUGUAGCAAUCAAAAGGCUUACUAGUGGAGGCCAACAGGGGGAUAAAGAGUUUCUAGUAGAGGUUGAGAUGCUUAGCAGGCUGCAUCACCGUAAUCUUGUCAAACUAGUGGGUUACUAUAGCAAUCGCGACUCUUCACAAAACCUACUUUGCUAUGAGCUUGUCCCAAAUGGAAGCUUGGAGGCCUGGCUCCAUGGUCCACUAGGAGUAAAUUGUCCUUUGGAUUGGGAAACUAGAAUGAAGAUCGCACUUGAUGCUGCAAGAGGACUUGCCUACCUGCAUGAGGACUCACAGCCCUGUGUUAUUCACAGAGAUUUCAAGGCAUCCAAUAUAUUGCUUGAGAACAACUUCCAUGCUAAAGUUGCUGAUUUUGGGCUUGCCAAACAGGCACCCGAAGGCAGAGCAAAUUACUUGUCUACUCGAGUGAUGGGCACAUUUGGGUAUGUAGCUCCAGAGUAUGCAAUGACAGGGCAUCUACUUGUUAAAAGUGAUGUCUACAGCUAUGGGGUUGUACUACUUGAAUUGCUGACAGGAAGGAAGCCUGUGGAUAUGUCACAGCCUUCUGGACAGGAAAAUCUUGUCACUUGGGCCAGACCAAUUCUUAGAGACAAGGAUCGGCUGGAAGAGCUUGCUGAUCCAAGUCUUGGAGGAAAGUAUCCAAAGGAAGAUUUUGUACGGGUUUGCACGAUUGCUGCAGCUUGUGUUGCUCCUGAGGCAAGCCAACGGCCUACAAUGGGUGAAGUGGUGCAGUCACUUAAAAUGGUGCAGCGCGUCACAGAAUAUCAAGAUUCCACAUUAACUUCUUCCAACAACCGGCCCAACCUGAGGCAGUCAUCUACUACCUUUGAGUCUGAUGGAACAUCAUCAAUUUUCUCUUCUGGCCCUUACUCUGGUCUAAGCACCUUUGACAAUGACAACAUCUCAAGGACAGUGGUUUUCUCUGAAGAUCUUCAUGAAGGACGAUGAAGACCUUAAAGGUAAGUUAGCCAGAAGUCUUCAUUCAUUGUAUAGUUUUUGACUGCCAAAAAUCAACGAUGUGAAGAGUGUUCUUGUUGGAGGCGGACAUAAGGAACAAGAUUUUUUUAUGAGAAUGGCAUAGAUUUUGUAAGUGUGAUUGGUGGGGGCUGGGAAUGAUGGGUGCUUUUGUGUUGUCCCUGGUGGAGAACCAUUGUUCAGUUUUCCCCUAGGCAGUGUUUCUCCCUCUUGGAUAAAUUUUGUAAAUAUGCCUUGUAGCUUGUUUCAUCAGAUUGGCUUUAAAGGGUCUAUUAAUUUAAUUCUCUAUUUUUUUUUUC